GGAAAGCUGACAGCAAGAGAACGAAUUCUUCUGCUGUUGGACCCUGACAGUUUUGAUGAAUAUGACAUGUUUGUGGAACAUAGAUGUUCUGACUUUGGGAUGGACUCUAAUAAGAAUAAGUAUCCUGGAGACAGUGUGGUGACUGGCCGUGGACGGAUUAAUGGAAGACUGGCUUAUGUUUUCAGUCAGGAUUUUACUGUAUUUGGAGGUAGUUUAUCUGGAGCUCAUGCCCAGAAGAUCUGCAAGGUUAUGGAUCAAGCUGCCCUGGUUGGAGCACCCGUGAUUGGGCUGAAUGACUCUGGGGGAGCCCGUAUCCAGGAGGGAGUGGAGUCCUUGGCAGGCUAUGCUGAUAUAUUUUUGAGAAAUGUUCUGUGUUCUGGGGUGGUUCCGCAGAUCUCCCUCAUUAUGGGUCCUUGUGCUGGUGGAGCUGUGUAUUCACCUGCUUUAACUGAUUUCACAUUCAUGGUGAAGGAUACAUCCUAUCUAUUCAUCACUGGCCCAGAUGUAGUUAAGUCUGUCACCAAUGAAGAUGUCACCCAAGAGCAGCUUGGGGGUGCGAAGACGCACACUGCCAUAUCUGGAGUUGCACACAGAGCCUUUGAGAACGAUAUAGAUGCUUUACUUAAUCUCCGAGAGUUCUUUAAUUAUUUACCUCUUAGCAACCGUGAUCCAGCUCCUGUCUGUGAAUGCCAUGAUCCCAGCGACCGUUUGGUUCCUGAGCUGGACUCAGUUGUCCCAACUGAAUCUACUAAAGCCUACGAUAUGCUGGAUAUCAUACACUCUAUUGCUGAUGAAAGGGAAUUCUUUGAGAUCAUGCCUUUCUAUGCCAGAAACAUUGUCGUUGGGUUUGCCAGGAUGAAUGGACGAACCGUUGGGAUAGUGGGCAACCAACCCAAAGUAGCAUCAGGGUGCUUAGACAUAAAUUCUUCUGUGAAAGGAGCCCGUUUUGUUCGUUUCUGUGAUGCUUUCAACAUACCUCUGAUUACUUUUGUGGAUGUUCCUGGAUUUUUGCCAGGUACAGCUCAGGAGUAUGGUGGAAUCAUACGUCACGGUGCAAAACUACUGUUUGCCUUUGCAGAAGCAACUGUGCCUAAAAUUACUAUCAUCACCAGAAAGGUAAGUUGGCGCAAUUCCACGGUGUUCUUUGAGUUCCUGUUCCUAGUACCAACUCCAGUUAUGCAAAGCUUCAUCCAGCUGUCCCACUUCUGCUCUCUGUCCUUGUCACAUCUCCGUUUGUCCCAUCUG